GUCUUCCAAUAGUCCAGCACCAUGAUGCAAACUCGUCUCCUGGCCCGCUCGUCCGCCAUCGGCGCGCGCUCCUUCGCGGCCGCGGCUGCCGACCUCAAGCUCCAGGCGCCGGCGACCAAGAACGUCAAGUACUUCAAGAUCUACCGCUGGGACCCCGAGACGAAGGAGAAGCCGUACUUGUGCACGUACCCGGUCGACCUCAACGAGUGUGGCCCCAUGGUGUUGGACGCGCUCCUCAAGAUCAAGAACGAGCAGGACCCGACCUUGACCUUCCGCCGCUCGUGCCGUGAAGGUAUCUGCGGCUCAUGCGCCAUGAACAUUGAUGGCGGGAACACGCUUGCGUGCUUGUCGCCGAUCGACAAGAAGACGGACACGACCAAGAUUUACCCGUUGCCGCACAUGUAUGUCAUCCGCGACUUGGUGCCCGACAUGAACAACUUCUACGAACAAUACAAAUCGAUCAAGCCGUGGCUGCAGUCGGAUGUGGUCAAGGACGACAACACGGAGUACUUGCAAUCCAAGGAAGACCGCAAGAAGUUGGAUGGCAUGUACGAGUGCAUCCUCUGCGCGUGCUGCAGCACGUCGUGCCCGAGCUACUGGUGGAACCCCGACAAGUACCUCGGCCCUGCCGUCCUCAUGCAAGCGUUCCGCUGGAUUGAAGACUCGCGCGACACCAAGACGCAGGAGCGUCUCGCCGCGUUGGACGACACGUACAAGCUGUACCGUUGCCACACGAUCAUGAACUGCACCAAGACGUGCCCCAAGCACUUGAACCCGGCCAAGGCCAUUGGUAAGAUCAAGAAGAUGCUCUCGCCCUUGUAAGCGGCGGAGCAUGCGGCGGUCGAUGACACUCGUGAUGAACCAAAAUAAAAAGUGAGUCUUUGCAUUGGAA